UUUGCGGUCACCGGAAGUGGUCUAGUCUGGCGCAUGCGCAGUGUGGAGGGCAGCGCUAGCCUUGCAGAGGAUCAUAAUCGCGAGGAGUUUCUUUAGCUUUAAUUAUUCAAACUGUUAAUUAGUGUGUUUAUGAAUCUACGCAAUGGCGGGAAUUAAAGCUCUCAUCAGUCUGUCGUUUGGAGGAGCGAUCGGCCUGAUGUUCCUCAUGCUGGGCUGCGCUCUGCCCGUUUAUAAUAAAUACUGGCCUCUGUUCCUGCUCUUCUUCUACAUCCUGUCACCCAUCCCGUACUGCAUCUCUCGACGCGUGGUGGACGACACUGACUCGGCUAGUAAUGCCUGCAAAGAACUGGCCAUAUUCCUGACCACGGGGAUUGUCGUGUCGGCCUUCGGCCUGCCCGUCAUAUUCGCCCGCGCCGCUGUGAUCGAGUGGGGAGCCUGUGCGCUCGUCCUGACGGGAAACAUCGUCAUCUUCGCCACCAUCCUGGGCUUCUUCCUGGUCUUUGGGUCGAACGAUGACUUCAGUUGGCAGCAGUGGUGAAGCGCGGCGCCGCGUCUGGACUGUUUCUCCUCGAUGCAGCGUCACUAUGAUACUGUUACAGCAGUUUGUUUUACUCUGACAUUAUUGUUUUUAUUUAUAACUGCCGCCCAUUGAUAGAUGCAAGAAAUCAGUGCAAUAAUUUUGUUUGAUUUUAGAUUUGUCUGACAUCAGAUUGUUUUAUUUUAUUUUUUUAUUUUUUUUCAUGCACGACUGAAUUCAGGUGGUCAAACAAACACUGGUGACGUCAGAUUGUUUCGUCCGAGCAUUUCAUUGUACGCACGCGCUCCUUCUGUCUGAAACCGGAAACAUUUCAGCGUCUCAUCCGUCUUCAGCUUUAUGACUCUGAUGUCUUUUCUGUUACCAGCUUUGCUUUUUUUUAUUCAGAACUUAUUUAUUUGUUCCUGUCACUCUUGUUUUCUCUUUGAUGGCGCAUUAAACAUGAGAUUGUAGAAUGAAGCUCAUUAUGUUCAUGUUGAUUUGAAUGAUUCUGUUAGUUUGUUUUUAUUGCAUAGUGAUGCUUUAGGCAUUGUGAGGUUUCCAGAUUUCCCAGACACGUUUCUUUAAAAAACAAAACAAACAAAAAAAUCAGUAACUUUAUCAGCUAACUAUGAAAUUGAGAUCAUGAUUGAUUUAAAAGCAUGUAGACUAGCUUAUAUUCAUCAUUUAAGGUGUAAAUUCAAAAAUAAACACAAAAUCAUGCGAGUUUCUAUAAAUCCCCCCGAAACUAAUGAAGAAGCAGUUGGUCUGUGUUUCCAGAUGCCGAGGGUUUAAAGUCAACAUGAAAUCAACAUGGACCCAACUGACUUUCACUCAUUUCUGCUCAUAUUGUCAAUGAUUCAUCAGGGCACACUAUUCCAAAAAAAAGUUGGCCUUCGUAAUCUUUAAUCAAAAUGUAAUGUUUUUAAACUGAUGUAGAGAUACUUUUCUCCACUACCUGAUUCCUCAUGGAUAAAAUCAAGUAUACUUUUCCACAAAAUCUGUUGUCAGAGUUUGAAUGGGUUGUAAAUGCAGUUUCAUGUUGACUUUAACGCUUUGAUGAGAUGUUCUGUUAUUUUAUAUCUCACUGUUUGUGCAGAAACGGCACAAGUAACAUUGUGACUUUCUCCCCCUCUUGUUCUUUUUUUAAAUAAAUGCCAUUUUUGAAAAAAAAAAAAAAA